CAGGGUUGCCACAUAUCGGGAGCGCGUUGUCGACUCAGCAACAAAUCUGUAAUAACGAUAUGUGUGAUUGCACCUCCAAUAGUUUCCAGUGCCGCUUAAAGACUAAAUUUAGUUUAGUAAAUGUAGAAGCCAGAAUAAAAAGAUUGGACAAAAACGAAAAAGAGUUCGCCACCGCGUAUGAGUUAAACAUAACUUGCGCUUACGUUCUGGAGGAUCUAGAUGUUGUGCUAACUAAGUGAUCGCACAGAGUUUUAUUUAAAAAAAUGCGUGGAGUACCCCACCAUACUGCAGCAACCACAUAUAACAUACGAAGGUACUGUGGAAUUCAUUAAAUACUUCGACACACCGUCUCAAUUUUUCAAUCAAACGCAAGGUUUGCAGAGGUUGACAGUGCCAGUGAAGCUGACAUUACCCCGUUACCGCACCAUUUAUUUCACAAUUUAACGAAUUUACAGCAUUUGAAAUUGAAGAUUCUUUGCACGCUUCCGGAAAUACGUUAUCCGGUCGAGCUUUUCCAAACUCUUUUCAAUUUGGAAACGCUUUCCAUAGAGCUUAUAGCGCUGCAAACAUCCUUACGUGACAUCCAGCAUUCGCAUUUUCGCGAUCUAAGCGCACUAAAGCAAUUGACAUUAGAAGGAAAUCAUAUGCUGGCGCUACCCGCCGAAAUCUUCACGACCCUACCGGAAUUGAGAUGGCUAAGCUUGCGAGGGAACAAUCUAAGAGUGUUGCCGCGCGGUUUGCUUCGCCUUCAGCGCAAACUACUGGUGCUUGACUUAUCAGAGAAUCAUUUAAGCGCAUUACCCCAAGGCAUAUUUGACAAUACGCCCCUACUCUGUGAGCUCGACCUCGCGCAAAAUAGAUUCAGUGUGCCAACAAAUAUUAUACAAAAUGUACAUGCGCUAGGAUAUAUGCGCAAACUCUAUUUGGGGUACAACGAUUUCGGGUCAAUUUGGGGCGCGGGUAUUUACCGUAAUCACACACUUUUCACACGCUCCUAUAUAACCGAUGCGCAAUGGCUGAGCAAUUUUAAGGAGAUGGUUGGCGUCAAAUUGGACCCAAUUAUACGGAGGUGGUACUGAGAAAUAAUCGAUUGGCAUACUUUUCGUUAGACUGGAUUGCAGCCGCGGGCGUAAGCUGCCCCUACUACAUUGAUCUCGCAAACAAUCACAUAAACCAUGUAGAUGCGAUUUUGUCGCCGUCAAAUGCAACUUGUUGGCAAGAAGUGCACUUGAAAAAUAACCCGCUGGUGUGCGAUUGUGAAUUGGCUUGGAUCUACAAUACAAAUAUGCUUAAUCGAGCAGUUAUAUGGAAAUGUGAUUUGCCGGUGCGCGUGGCUGGCUCCGAU